UCCAGUGCUGAACAGGAUCGCUUUUAUUUUUUAUUUUUUUAUUUUUCCGGGGGAAGCUGGGGGAGCCAGAGAGUAUCACACAGCAUUGCCGUCAGCCUUGUUCUCCACCGGUUUCCAUUUUCUUUCUUAUCUUAUGUUUUUGGCCGUUGUCUUCACAUUAACCGCAAGGAUUACCGUCAAGCCAGCUCAGCACGCGUGCUUCCUCAGAGGGUCUCUUUUAUUUUCUCUCAUGCGUUUUUCUCAGCUCUGUGUUUUUAUCCAUUGAAACAUGCCCCGCUCAUUUUUGGUGAAGAAGAUCAAGCUUGAUGAUUUCUCUUCGUCCAAUGUGGCCACCUCCAAUCAUCAUCACCACCUGGACGACUCGUUCACUUUUGCACGCUCCAUCACAGACUCGGUGACCAGCCUUGGGGUCCGUCUCAGCGAGAAUGGCUACAUCCAGGAUUACAUCACGCCAUCUGUAUACCAGGAGGAGAAGAAGAUGGAGCACAAGCUGGCCUCGCCGGUGUCAGACCCCCUCUACACCCAGGUGAGCAGCGGAGGGGAGUACUGCGACCCCGACCUGAAGCACCCCGACAGCCCCCAGUCUGGCAUGACAGCCAGCGGCUUCUACAGUGGUGAAUCGGAGGCCCUGGCCGAGGGUUACACCAUGGAUGCCUUCUUCAUCUCUGACGGGCGCUCGAGGCGGAAGGGAGACAGUGAGAGUCGGGGAGGGGGUUCGAGAAGCAGCAGCGCCAAUGGGGGGGCUCAGGAGAGAGGGGUUGCCGGCACGCCUCGCCACACCUGCAACGAGUGCGGCAAGACGUACGCCACCUCUUCCAACCUCAGCAGACACAAGCAGACGCACCGCAGCCUGGACAGCAAGAUGGCCCGCAAGUGUCCCACCUGUAACAAAGUCUACGUGUCCAUGCCCGCGCUGGCCAUGCACAUCCUCACCCACGACCUCAAGCACAAGUGUGACGUGUGCAGCAAGGCCUUCAGCCGACCCUGGCUCCUCCAAGGUCACAUGCGCUCACACACGGGGGAGAAGCCCUUUGCCUGCGCGCACUGUGGCAAAGCCUUUGCUGACCGUUCAAACCUCCGCGCCCACAUGCAAACACACUCUGCCUUCAAGCACUACAGAUGCAAGCGCUGCAAUAAGACCUUCGCUCUCAAGUCCUACCUGAACAAGCACUAUGAGUCAGCUUGCUUCAAGGGCUCUGCAGGCGAAGACGACUCUGGAUCAGAAAACUAACGGAGAGGAAGAAGCUAAAUUUUGAACCUCUGUUUGUCGGUUCACAACCAAUAACCCUGUUCACUCUGCCCUCCAUGCCUUUUUUCUUCCCUUUUUUUAGAAAGCAAUAUUUUCACUGAGAUUACGUGAAGAAACUCUAAUGAUUAUGGCAAAGACAAUUUCAAAAGAUGCUGGAUUUUUUCCCUGCACAGUAGCUAAUCGUCCACAGAAACAUACAAUCAAACAACCUUCCCCCAAAUAGAGACUGUAGAUGAUAGUUGUACACAAGUAAGCAACAUGUGCUCGCACGGAUGUGGGCGCAUGGAAACACAAACACUGACAGACGCACACAUAAACACAAAUUAAUGUACGCACGUGUGCACACACACUUACACACACUAUUAUAUAUGAGGCCUGGCAUGUGAAUUUUUAUCAAUGACUAUAAUGAUAUUGAUAUCAAUAGUAAUAAUAUUUAGAUUCCUGAUAUUUUAUAGGAAAUAGUAAAAAGAAAAAGAAAAAAAACAUAAAAAAGGACUAACAGUGUUCUUUUGUUUUUUAGAGACAAAAUGACCUCUUGUAUUUUUAUGCUGCUUUUUAUUUGCUAAGAAUUGAAUUCUUUUGCAACUGCCAACAUGAACUUUUUAUGAAAAUGUGAACUAUGACAGUAUUUGCAAAAAAGGGAGAUCAUUUUAAAAAGGUAAAAAGACGAACCCUUUUUUCACACCAAUGUUUCAAUUCAACGGAUGUUAUUUUUCUAUAUGAUUUUUCUAAAUUUAUUUUUUUGUGCUUAUUAUCCCUUGUUGAUCAAAAGCAUCUUUGUAACUGUGGGUAUUCAACAAAAACGAUUGAAAUAAGCUAUACAAGAUCAUAGGCCAUAGGUCAUUCAAUUUAUUCUGCAAGAGCAGAGAUUUUAAACCUAGCCUGUUGAACAGGUUUUUCACACGCUCUGUCCAAUCAGAUUCAUAGUCUCAUUCUGAUGUACAGACUUCGACAAACACACUGGGAGCCAGACCAAAUGAUCUAUAGUAAUAAGUGCCAUGUGCGGUCGACUCAUCUAUAGCAAUGAAAACUCUCGUUGUUCUUCCUCCACCAUGGUGGCUUGCUUAAACUCUGCUGCCUUUAUGGUGCAUCGUCCUGUUUAAAGAGCAAUCUCCACCCAGUGUUUGAGGUGCUCCCCCUCCGCCUGUGAUACCUCAGAGUGAAGGUAUGGACACACAAACCCUCAGUUACAAAGUGACACUCCAAUUCUUCUGUUUGUCUCUUUUAUAUGUCGCUCAAAGCUCCGCCCACGGUUUAGAUGCAUUUCAUCUAUUUAUCAUGUAAAUACUUUAUUUAACUACCUAUUUAUCUAUUUAUUUAUUGACCUUAUUUUUGUGUAUUUAUUGAAAACUUCUUUAUUUGUUAAUUAUCAUGUAUUUAUUUAUUAUUAUUUAAAAAAUGAACAUCCAUUGACCUUGUAAGAUGCUGCUGAUCUUCAAAGAAAAUGUUUAUAUGCAUGAAAACUGUAGAGAGUCCAUGGGACUUAGUUUUUUAAAGAGGAACAAUGUACAGAACCAGUGUUAGCAGAUUCAAAUGAAUGAAUGCAGAUUUUUUGUUUUUGUGGCAAUAACUUUACUGACACAGCGAUUGACAUGUAUAACAAUCACAGCGGUCCUGUUUUCAGUCGAUCAAGGGCAAUAAAAAGAUGAAUAAAGUAACAAAAAUAAAAAUAGUUAUCAUCUCGCUGUUCUCCAAAAGUCAAAAUCAUCCUUGUUACAGGAGAUUUUAGCCCCUUUUUAGUCUCCGAAUCUCAGGCAAUAAAUAAACCCCAGAAACGUCAAAAGUGCAUUCACACAUGGGAACUUAAAUGUAACACCAUCCAAAAUCAGAAAGCCAAAUAAUGUAGGUGUAAUCUAGCCUCACCAAGGUUUAACGGUGCAAAAGCAAUAAUGAUGGUGAUGCAGAAACUCUGAGAAACACUUAGUCCUUCAUACAGUUGGUCUAAAACUGCUGUAGGUGUUAAUUCGGCUGAAAACAGCUGCUUUUCUAUAUUAUUGUUAUUAUUUAUUUAAAUGUCUCUUUUGUUUUGUAAAGCAACCAGGUAAAACUAAACUGUUUUCUCACAGCUAAAGGGCAGGUAUGAUCUGUUUUCUAGAGGGUUACACAACAGGAUAACAAUAAUUUCAUUUGGGUCACUAACAUAACAAAGCUUCCAAAUGUAGUUCAAGUCAAAAUGCUUCCAAAUUCAUCUCUUCAGUGUCAAGGGAAGAAGUUAAGAUAGAAGGCAAGUAAACAAUCUAAACAGCACUUAUUGAAGCCAAAAUAUCUUAACUUUGCAGAGAAAGUUUUGGAGAUAGUUGUAAUAAAGCGACGCGCAGUAAUGCACUACAAACUCCUCCAUCAUUUGUCCCCUCCAUCGACCCCCCCUAAACCCAAUACCAGCCGUCCUCAUCCCAACCCAACUGCCUCUAAACAGACACAGCGAGGAUGAGAUGUGCUGAAGUGGGAUUGGCGGAGGGUGGCGGAGUGUGGGAGGAUAACAGGUGUUUGCAGACAGACUGCAGAUAGGGAGCGUAAUUGAGUCGGUGAGCGACCUCCAAGGGGAAGGUCAAGCACCAGCAGGCAAAUGCACUGUCAGCUAUUUGCAUAUUCCAAAUGGAUGACACGAUCGCGGUAAUGCUGAGCUCGCCCUAAAAAGAAAACAUCUAAAAAACAAAGGGAGGAAAAAAAAAAAAAGAGGAGUUUUUACUCGGUUUAUGCAUCCUCUCCUCUCCUGUUUCGCCUGUCAAUGGUCGUCUAAGUGCUACAGCUGAAUCACUGCAUGAGAGCAUCCAAACCACCUGUCUCCUGAUUUACUUGCAGAACACACCGUUUGGCACGACGCUGUAUUCUUGAACCGAUGCAGAAAUCAUUACUUUCAACAGAAUCCUUUUUUAUAUGUGCUUUAUUUUAUAUGGGACAGAGAAAACCUGGGGACUCUGUUUUAAUAAGGCAGAUAAAAGCAAUGAGAUCAUUAAAAACAUCAAUUGGAAAAUGUAUGCAGGCUUGUAUCUCCAGCUGGCAGAGUUACAGAUCGUCUAAAGAGAAAAUACUAAUUACUGAAAACGAGGCUUCUCACUACAGAUGUAGGGAAACAUUGUUCCUCUUUGAUGAUUGUGUAAAUAUGUCUGUAAAUAUACCACAGCAAUAAUAUGACAAUGCAUGUAGACAUUUAAUUGCUCUUUUUCUAUUCAUGUUGUCUUUUUUUUAUUAAAAAAGAGACAAAUACAGGUACCAAUUGCAGUCUGGGUGGCCAUGUGAAUCAGGGAGUGUCUUGAUUUAAAAAAGCUAUCUGUUGUAAGUUACAAACAAAAACUUCCAACUCUGUGUAUCCUCAAAGAUUUGAUCAUGUUCUGUAUGAUUUUUUUUCUGUUCUUGUUCUCUUUUAUUUAUGUGCCCGGCUUGGCUGCGCAAUGAAAAAGUGCCAAAAAGUAUGAUUUCCAUGACAAAAGCCUUCAACAUAUGGUUGGCUGCUUGAAACCUUCCAUAUGGUCCUCAAAGAAAAAAAACUGAUUAAGAUUUUCCACUUUCUUUCUUUCUCAGUCUCUCUCUCUCUCUCGCUCUUGCACUCUCUCUCUCUAUCUCUCUGUCUUUAUCUUUCUCUCUCUCUGUUCCAGCUGAGUAUGAAGAAACUUAAGCCAUGAUUGCUGAGGGGUGUUUUGAUUUCUCUUGUUCUGCUACAAUUAAUACUGAUGACAACAAUAGCAAUGAUAACAUUAAUAAAAACAA